AUGGAUGAAUUUGCAGAGUGGGGCGAGGGCACGACUGGUGUCGUUGCAGCAGACAGCACCUACGCCGAUGGGUUCGACCUCGAUGAGUGUCAUGAGCAGCUGUGGCAGCGCAAUCAGCGCGAUGCCGUUGUGUGCCUCGUUGAUUGCAACGAGGGCAUGUUCGGAGUGCUGCCAGCUGGCGAGUCGGCGAAGACGACGCAGUCUGGUAAGAACGGGACGGGUGCACCGACGCACACUCGUGGUGUCACGAAACCCGCACUGCUCACCACUGGCCAGGAGGCAGCUAUGAGUAAUGGUGCUGCGGGGGGCUCGAACGCCGCCGUCGGCUCGUCCCCUUCUUUCUUCUCCAUGACGAUGCAGUGCAUCCUCGCGCUGCUGAAAGAGAAGAUGGUGUGUGGCAGCAAGGACGUCGUGGCGAUCGUGUUGUACAACACACGAAUGUCAGCCCCCUCGACGGGCUUCCGCGGGGUCUACGUGAUGCAGGAAGUCACUCGCAUCGGCACGGGAUGCGUGCAGAAAGUGGAGCAGCUGGAGGCAGCUGGUGCUCCCGGAUCCGCCGCGUACGAGGAGUUUGAGGCGCGCAUCGGUCACUGGCCCACUGCAUCGACAUCCCCUGCUCUCGCCGCGGCGUCUUCGGCUAGCGGUCGCGCAGAGCCGAGGGCUGCUCUUCCGGCAGCUUCGGCCGCCUUUCCCGCAUUCAAGUUCAGCGAAGCGCUCUGGGAGGCGCAGCGCAUCUUGCUGAGCCUCCGCAGCGUGCAGGCUAUUCGCCAUCGGCGGCUCUUCGUCUUCACAAACCGCGACGACCCGAGCGGUGGGGACGCGCAGGAGUGGAACCUGUGCCGCAGCCGCGCAUGCGACCUAGGCAAGGAAGGCGUCGUGCUUGAAGUUUUCGGCUUCGGCAACGCCGGCAGCGGUGGCAGCUCUGCGAGUCCGCUCUUUGCUGUUUCCAACCAGCGUGGUCAGUCGCUUGACCCUGCCGCAGCCACUGCGGACACCACUAUCCGCCAGAGCGGAUCUGGUCAGUCAGACUCGCCGUCUCCGGCCCCAACGGGCUUUGUGCAAGACUUCUUCUGGGGUCCAUUACUGAGAGAGAUACAGACGGCCGCUGCGCAAUUUCGUGCCAGUGGUGACAUCGACGAUUUGGCGGCGCUGGCUGAGGCCCGCGGUGAGGCUUUCGUGAGCGGCGGUGAGGGUGCGAUCUACAUGCAUGCUGGCGCUGGAGCGCUACAGCAGCUGCUCGGCUCUGUCGUGCGUCGCGCACAUCCGCAGCGGCCCUUUCGGCACUGCCUGCUCCGCAUCGGCGGCUUCUCUGGAACGAGCACUGCUCUGUCUACGACGGCAGCGGCAGCGACAGCGAGAGAUGAAGAGGAGGCGUCGCGCGUUGCUGCCGUGCCGCGGAUGGCUGUGAGUCUGUACGCUCCUCUCAUGCGCGCUCGCCUUCCGCAGCGAGAGUGGCUGGAUGGGCGCACGAACCGCAUGCUGCGCCGCGUCGUUCACCUAAAUGCGCGUACCACCGCAGCUGGUCAGGACAGCGAUGACGCCGGUGCGGGGCACAACGAAGGGGACAGCGGCAGCCCCACAAAACCGCUGCAGCGCCUCCACAACGAGAAGAAUUGCACGAGUGAGUCGAUGAUGAGGCAGGAAGACGUGCAUCCCAACGAUCUUUGCUACUACGCACCCAUCGGCAAGGAGCGCGUCUACUUUACCAGCGAGGAGCGCAAGAGAAUUGUGGAGGUGGCGGCAACCGGGACGGAGCCGGGCUUCACGGUGUUGCUAUUCAAGGAUCUCGUUGACGCUGUGAAGCGGGAGCAUGUGGUGCGACGAAGCUCUUUCCUUCAUUCGUGCGUGCAGCGCGGCGGUGCCCACUCGCAUCGCGUGUUUGUCCUUUUCGUGCGUCGGCUGCGUGCAAAGCAGAAGGUUGCGAUUGCACAAUAUUGCAGCUCCAUCACCACAGCGCCGCGUCUUGUGGCUCUGGUCCCAUCGCCAGACCUCACAGCGCAUCCGGAGAAGCGCGAUCAGGUGCCGGUGGAUGGGAUGGGGCUCUAUGUGGUGCCUCUUCCCUACGCCGAGGAGCUGCGCGCCGUGCCAGAGCUGCGCACGUGCACGCGCGUCAACAAACACGCCACCCCUGUACUGGCAGACAGCUCCGUUGAUCCAGCGCACCUCGAACUUGCCAAACAGCUUGUGAGUGCACUGACGGUGUCCUACCAAGUAGAUGCCGUGUUCAAUCCCGCGCUCCAGCGGCAGUACCGCCAACUGCAAGAGCUCGCCCGACGGCUCUUCCCGCUGGCAGACAAUCCCCUGCACUCGGGCGGCGGGACUGCUUUGGCGAAGGCAGGGGAGGAGGGCCCUUCUACGGAUGGAGCAGCGAAGAUGGCGCCGCAGGAGCUGGACAGCGCCCUCCCCGACUACGAGGGCAUGCAAAGCUUCGCAGCGCUCUUCCAGAGCUUCAACAAGGAGGUGCUGGGAAAGGACUACGACGCUUUCCGGUACUGCCCGCAGCCGCGCGUGGCAGGCUCGGUGACGCGCCGCCCGCGCGACAGCGCAGCGGGGGCCGUGGAGGCAGCAGGGCCGACGGCAGCCUCCGCCGAAGAGGACGGCGGCCAUGUGCCCAUCGAGCAGCUGAUUUGCCGCGCUGCCGCUGAAAAUGCGUGGGAUGGCUUGAUCAUACCUCAACUCAAGGAGUACCUGGCGACUGCGAACGUGAGCUCCGGCGGGGCAAGACGCAAGGCAGACCUGAUCGAACUCGUCAAGCAACAUUUUCCGCUGCCAUCCUAA